CUGCUGCCUGGUUGCCUUGGCUCGCCUUACACAAAGAUGAGGAACGGGGAAAAAGGAAACAAACGAGAUUAGAUUUGGCGGUUGCGGCGUAUUUAGGGCAGGGUUUUGUGCAUAGAACGGGGCGGUCCUUGGACGGCGUGUGUAAGAGCCUACUCACAUAGUCGCUCGCUGCCGCUCUUCAGGCGUCCAGGGCUCACUUACAUACAUACAGUAGACUAACGGCCGCACGCAGCACAAGAGAGCGCUGCAUGCCAUGCUUUGGCCUCCUCUUGUCCUGUCGUGCCGUGCACACGACGUCCAGCCCUCUCACCCGCAUACAUGGGCAAUCUCCCCCAACUGAAGUCACGCAGACACCCGCGAUCUCCUGCGCGCGCAGCAGUAGCAUCAGCAGGAGCAGCAUCAAGCGCGCAGCUCUAGCUCUCUUUUUUUUCUGGUCCCCUCUCUUGCCCUCCAUUUCUGCCCCACACCCCCACCAUUACCACCACCAUCGGCGCGAGAACAAAGAGACAAUGGGCACACACGCCUACCCACCACGCGGGAACAAAGAGAGGGACGGCGUCGCACGGCAUCUAAGAGGCUGCUGCGAAAAGGCACCACCACUACUCACCGGUCACCUAGUUUGUCGUAAGUAAAUCAACGACGACGACGACGACGUCGGCAACGCCAUCAGGCUCGCGCGCUGGGCGCCAGACGCGCAGGGACGACGAUGCGGAGUGGGUCCG